AUGAUAUCAGACACAGGCGUUUUGAAUUUCUGUUACGAAGACAUAAUAAAUACAGAUUCAGCUACAUGUUCUUUAAAUUCGAGACCAAAACACAGUGUUUUAAAACUGAAUAGCGAAUAUGAUGAGCCAACAACUACUAUUUAUGACGUAAACAAGAUUGACGUCAGCAUAAGUGGUACAACUUUAACAAGUAGUUUUAUGGAAAUGAAUCAUGAGCAUUCUAGUACAUUACAAACUAAUUCUUGUAAUUUCGAAAUCACGAAUUUCACUGCAGGUAAGGUUCACGAAAAAGGAGAUGAUAAUCACCAGAACGAUGUUUAUAAUUCUUCACUUACAGAAGAUGGUUCAAACAACCCAAAGUAUCAAAAUGACUUUUGUGCGAGUGCAUUAAAUAAAGUGUUGGAUGUACAUAAAAUAAACGUUUCUCAAGAAGAUUCGAAACUUUCACUAUUAGAUCCUACACAGUCUGUCAACGAAAUGACAGAAACUUCGUCCAGGAACCUAGUCAAGUUCGAUGAAAGCUUAGCUUUUGAACGGAGUACUACUCCAAUUUUAGAUGCUUUAGCUACAACAGACUCAGAGAGUGAAAUAAAUGAUUGGGAUGAUAACUCUAGUAAUAUUACUGCUGAGAAACUCGCAGCUUUUUCUAAACUUGAAGAAUAUUUUGUGUGUGUCUUAAAAUGUAAUGACUUAGAAAACAAUCAAAAAUCCACGAGCACUGCUACAGAAAGUAUUAAAACACACACCAUUUCGAGGAAAAGUUUGUCUCGUGAGAUAUUGAAUAACUUUGACCACAGGCCUGAAUAUUCCACUGAAGAUGAUAGCAUGAGUGAUGAUUCUGUGGAAGAAAGAUCACAGUCUAUAUUUGCUGAGAAUCCAUAUGCUAAUCAAUUGGACUUGUCUCUCCACACUAUUGUAGAAGAGAGCUGUGAAGAAAGCGAAAGAGAAUCGCUCGCUGCUACUCCGACAAAUGAUAUGACUGAUUUGCAGCUGGAGCAGUAUUUUAGCGUAGCUAUGGUGGAGAAUAAACUUAACUGGCAUCGUCUCCAGGACGAAGGGUCUGAGUGGAGCGACACUCAGUCAGAGAAAUCAGGAUCAACGUACAGUGAAGUAAAGGAGGGAAUAUUUGAUGACGUGAGCCCAACUCUACUUGCUUCCUCGCGUCUUGAAAAGUAUUUUACCUCAGGAUUACUUGGAAUUGAAGCUUUCCAUUAUCCAGAGGAUGCCGUGUUUGAAGGAGGAAGUGGCAGUGAUGCUGAUGAAAACAUUGACUCGCCAUUAAGAACAAAAUCCACUCAUUUCCUCCUUGAUGAUAGCAGGGAUAACGAUGAACAACAUAUAAGGGCUUUCUAUGCUGACGACAAUAUGUAUGACACUGUUAAAAGAAAAAAGGAAAACAAUCAAAUAACCUCUAAUUCCGAAAUUAUCUUGCACGCCAAUAAUGACACAGAUCUGCUUGAUCAGGAUGAAGGCUAUAGUACAGUAAAUAGUGGAGAAGAUCGACAAGAACAAGAAGGUAAUAUCCAAAACAUACAAACUAAAGAACGUAACCUGGGUAAAAUGGAACCUCAAGAGUACUCCAGUGUUGUACGUCAGAAAGAAAGCACGGAAGGAAUGGCUGAUAAUAUACAAUCUGAAGAUUAUUCUUUGAAGACCAACAUAAUCGUAUAUGGCAAACAAGCUCUAACAGACUAUGACACAACCAUUCAAAGACGUAUAGAUUUAUACAACCAUAAUGAUAUUAAUAAGGAUGCCGAAAAUAUGGGACAGCAUUACAGCAGCAUAGACAAUAUUGAAAAUUUACACGGCAUGGAGCAUAGUGUUAAUAAUGUCCGAACACAGAAUAACAAUAAUAUUCACUGUAAUGAAACUGAGCGAGAACAUAACAAUAUGGAAGAGGGUACUACAAAUAUAAGAAAAUAUAAUGGUACCUUGAUAGACUUAGAAAGUAUGCAGAAUGUUGUAGAACAAAGAAGCAAUGCACAAAGUACAAACACUGCUACAGAUUGGGAAGUUACAGAUAUACAAAGGCAUUGCACAUUAAAUGUUACUGGAGGAGGUAACAUUGUACUCUGUAAAGAAGUCUUACAAGAAUACAACCACAGCCUACCAAAUGCAAGAAAUGCAUAUACGCAUCAAAAUACUUUACAUUGUUCUAAAUUUAUAAAGAAAAAUAAACCAACAUUUUGUGCUAAUGAAUUAUCGAGAUAUAAUAGUGUUGUGAACUCCAAAUUGAAGUUAGAUGAAACUAGUCAUGCAGGACUUGUCACACAAAUACAAAAUGAUCCCCUUUCGCCUGUGACUAAUGUCAAUACAGUUUCCAAUAAGUCAAAUAUGCAGUCAAUCAAUGCAGUUUUAAAACCAGUGGAUUAUUUCAUAAAGAAUAACAUCAAUGAAACACAAUAUAUGAUUGAGAAUGAAAAUAGCAGGGUUGUCAGAGGCCAAGCUGAAGACGGAGCUGCUAAUAGCUCAUCUGCUCUUACAUCAGUGCCUAAGGAUGAACUUGUUGAAACUGUAGAACUUCCAGAUAGUCAUGAGCCAUGCAUGUUUGUAAAUUUCUGUUGUAAGACAGGUUGCAGUGAUGAAAUCAAAUAUACACAGAAAUGGAAUGUGUUAUUCGAUGUUCAUACUCUUAGAAAAAAAAAACAAUCACCGGACAUCCAAGAUUUCUUAGCUUUAGAGGAACAUACGAGUACGUUUCAUCAAAUCAGGAAUACAUCAGGAAAUAUACGGGGAGAUGAUCUGAAAACUACACAUUAUUUGACUAAAUAUGAUAAACAGGUCAGGAACGCAUGCUUGGUACAUAAUGUCAACCUACAAUAUUCUUUAGAAGAGAAUGACGUCAUACAAAGUCUUGCUUUACAAGACAAUUUGUCUAAGGCUAUGAAUGACGAAAGAUACAAAAAUUAUAACAGAAAAUAUAUCGUACCUCAAAAUAAUACUCAUCUCCUUGGAAAGGAUGAAGAUAAGCUAAAAUAUGUGGUCAGCAAAAUCUUCCGUAUCUUAUUAGAUGAAGAUUCGACAAAACUGGUUCGUGUGAAACACAUAGAAGGGCUUCAACCAGCAUGGAAAGUUGUUUUAGAAUUAGAACUUAGGAAAUUCAUAGAACGUUAUUUCUCAUCACUUAUCUGUGAAUACACUUUUAGUGAAGGUGUUCAAAAUAGGCUCAUUUCUAAAAUAUGUUAUGAACUGCAUUUUCUUAGAUCAUGUCAUGUAUUUCAAGGUGUGUGUGAAAAGACCUUAGUACUCUCUGAGCUAUCCAGAAAACUUAAUAAAACAAUGAUAGUUAGAGCUAAGGAAUUUUUUCACAAGGGUAGCAGUAUAAAAACUUUCAUUUCUCACAGUGAGGCGGAGUAUGGAACAGCUAAUUUCCUGCUACAGGUCCUAAUAUGUGGUUUGCUAAAAAAUGUUGGUUUGAUUGGAGUUACCCUACCAAACGUAAAUAAAAUGAUUUCCGUUCCAAGUGACCGUUACAAUGUAGGCAAUGGUGAUAUCUGUGAAGAGGAUUGUGAGAAAAAUUCCCCUUGUCAUCGCAAGGACUUGUCACAGACAAGUUAUAAUGAUAGUCAUGUAAUUUCACAUAAUUUAGACCAAGUAUUUGGUUUUUUGGAAGACCAUUUCCAGAAUGAUGAUCCUGUUUCUAUGUCCACUAAAUUAAAUUUUCAGGAAGAGUGCUUUUAUUUAUCACCAGUUAAUGAUGUUAGAAUUACAAGUUCAAUAGAAACGGUAAACAGUGAAAAUGGGGAAACUGAAUUUAUAAAAGCAGAUGAUUCGUUAAUUUCCUACUUGGACAGCUCUGUGAUAUCUCUUGGGAAUAACAGUAACCAGGAAGAGACUCUUCAAAAUAUUAGCAUUACACAAGACACCAAUAUAUACAAGGAAAAUGUCAAUCUAAGCAGAAAUAAUGCAACUUUUAAGUUAGCUGUAAAUUCUGGUGAUUUUUUGAAAGUUGAGCCAGAUGAUCAUCAUUAUGUGAACUCAUCAUCUCCAAAUAAGUUGAAGACUUUUCAUGGUAAGAGAAGGGAAGUGGUUCCACUUCAGUUAGAAUGCUCAAAGACUGAGGCCUCACUUCACUUUCAGUCACAUCUUUUCCAAACAUCAACACUUAAAUCACAGUCUAAACCAAAGGGGUUCAGUACGAUGUCUGUACACAGUCAGAAGAAACCUAAGGUGUCUGCACCCAGUGCGGGCAUUGAGGUAAAUAGAAAGUUGGGAUUCUUUAAAAAUUUAAGUCAUGAAUCAAUGACAUUCAGCUCAUUUACGUCUCUCCCUUGUCAUAAUCCUGACGUGAGUUAUUCUGCUUUUCAAAACUCAGAAAUCACAAGCUUAUCCUUGCAAUCCAACAGUGUACCCAAGAACUUCAAUAACUGGUAUUUUCCUUCUAAUAGUAACACUGAAGGUAACAUGGCUCCAUCAAAUGUUAUAAUGUUUACUUCCUUCUCCGGACGUAGUGCUCAAACGUCUCAUGGUUUAACUGUUACUAAACUGCAACCACAAGAUACAGAUCAUAGGGACACCUACAUAGAGACUGCUAGUUCUCCCGAAUGGCCUAGACCUCUUCCAACCAUGAUGACGAUUGACAACAGCACGAAUUUGACAGGUCAGCCAAAUACUUUUCCUAAAAAUACAAAAAAGAAAUAUACCACGCAUGAUAUUUGGCUAAAUGAUACCAAAAACGACAGCUUGUCACAAGGAGGACGAUCCAGUUUGUUUACUCGAUUUCACAAAGGAAUUUUUAAAUCCUGCUCAAAGCAACAGAAAUUGAUGUCUUCUGGUGUUCAGCGCAAACUAGCUGCUGUGAAAGAAAACCUAUCUUCUUCAAAUUCUGAGCUCCAAGACUACAGUGAUUGUUCAUCGAGUGAAAUCAAACGUCAAACAAGAUGUAGACAGUUUCAUGAAAGCAGGAAUGAUGGUGAUUUCAAAAUUCAAGCUAUGCCUCUUCCGAAAAUAUCAAUAUCACAGCAUGAGACACAACACAAGCGAACUUCUAGUUUGGAUAUGGACAAAAUAGAGCAGGAGGAACGAAUUAAACCUCGAACACUUGGACAUCACAGCCGAAGUUUAAAUAGCCUAACCUCUUAUACA